AUGAGCUUAGUGAAGACGAUUGGCAAGAAAUUAUGUAUCGCAGAUGUUGCGAGUCGCGACGAGGAAGCCGCUGAUGUGGUAGAGUUCAAGUGGAAUCAUAUUCGCGAUCCAGUGCUCACCGAACCCGAUGAUGAGAAGGAAGUCGACUACGUUUGCAAGCAGAGUAUUCGCGAGAUAUUCAAAAAGACCGGACUCCAAGUCAUUGUCAAGAUGGCUACCAUUGAGCUAACGCCCGAGAAGCCCGACUUUCCCAUGGGCAGCUGGCACGUCGAAGGUCAGAUGAACGAGCAUAUCUGCGCCACAGCUCUGUUUUACCUCGACAGUAAGAACAUAACGCCCAGUAACCUGUCUUUCCGCAUGCAAACUUCAAACUACCAAGACGAACUUCAAGAAAUUACCGGCCAGAAUGAAUACAACUGGCUUGAGCGUGUGUAUGGGACCGAGCUAGGCCCGUCUUUAGAGUCUAGUCCCUGUAUCCAGCACUACGGAAGUGCCGAAACCCGACAGGGCCGCCUGCUUGCAUUCCCCAAUGUAUUCCACCACCGGGUCUCUUCCUUCAAGCUCGAAGACCCAACCAAACCAGGUCACAGACGCUUCAUCGCCCUCUGGCUCGUUGACCCCCACCAACGCAUCGUCUCAACCGGCAACGUUCCCCCCCAGCAGCAAGACUGGUGGGCCGAAGCAGUUUUCGGCGCCGACGCCAACACCGGGGACAUGCCACCCGAGAUCCUCGAGCUCCUCGGGGAACACGGCCCAGCCAAAAAGUCCCAGAAACAAAACAGAGAGCAGAUGCGGGGCCGCAAGCUGCCGACGGAGAUUUUUGAGAUGGUAAAGAAGAAUGGGGUUCCGACGAGGGGGCUGAUGACGCCAAAAGAGGCGAGAUAUCAUCGGGAGGAGUUGAUGAAGGAGAGGAGCCGGUUUCAUGAGCGGGCAGAGAAGGGGUGGGAGAAUGUGGAGUAUUUUUUCUGUGAGCAUUAG